CCCGUCAUGGCGGCCCCCAGGCGCUCCCGGCCGCCGCCGCCACUGCGAGACGCCGGGAGUCCGCCCGUGGAGGCCGCCAGCCCCAGCCCCGGGCCCGGGCCCCGGCCCCGCGGAGCGAGCGACCCCGAGCUCGAGUCCGAUUCCGAGCUCGAUGGCGACCCCGAGCUGGAGCUGGAGUGGAGCGCGUGGCUCGACGUGGAGAGCGAUGAGGAGCAGGGCGGCGGCGAACCCUGGCCCUGGGAGCCCGGGCAGCGCUCGGCGGCGGCCGUGCUGCUGGAGCGGUGCUUGGCGGCGGGCGCCGUGAGCCAGGAGGCUUUGGAUUUAACUAGUAGAAGAACGCCGUGCUUUGCAAAAUUCUCAGAGAUGGAAGAAAUGGUAAACACGGAAGCUGAAAUCAAUGAGAUAAAACUGGAAACUGAAAUGAUGCAGUUGGAGAAUGAGACAGCAGACGUUACUCACCAUUUUCACUUAGGGAAAAAGUGCGAAAUUUUGCAAGAUAUGAACAGGCACCUGGAAGCCAUACUGAAAGAGAAGAGGGCUCUCAGAAAGAGGCUGAUAAAACACAGAUGUCAAGAGAGCCUGCCUAUUGAGGCUACUUUUCACAAGUGUAUAGUAGAGUUGCUGACAGAGGCUGUGACUUUCAUUGAGAAGCUUGAAAGCCAUUUGCAGUCUGUAAGAAGCAUGCCUCAGAUAUCACAUAUGAUGAACAAUAUGGACACCACUUUGUCAAAAACAGAGGUGCUCAUGAUAGAGUUGGAGGAGCUGACAGAGCAAAUACUGAAAUGGGAAAAACUGCAAAAGGAAGUGUAUUCUAACAACGUAUGCAAUACUGCUGACUUGGACUUUGGCUUAUCUUUAACCUAACAAAUCAUUUUUCUCAAAUAGGAUGACUAUUCAAAGAACUACCUUCUUAGGGUCUUCUGUGAAAACUGCAACAUGGGUGUCUUUUAAUCCAACAGAGACUUUGUAGGUAGUUAUAUUUCUGUUAUUAAGUAACAGUUCUCCAACUAUUUACGAAAUAAAAGGACAAUAAGCAGUAGCUCAUAGGAAGACAGGGUGCUGAGAAGCCUGUUAAGGAGUUCCUUUUUGAAAUAGUUGGAUUGGAGUCCCUUGGAGCCUGUAUGUUCAAUGGAAAAUUGCUUUGAUAUUUCUUUUGCACUUGCUAUAGUAUCUUUAUUCAUUUUUGUAAGCAUCUUGAUAAAACACUGUAUUUUGUACAUAACCAUGAAACUUCAAUAAAAGCACUAGAUUUCAAAAGCUCA